CUCCCUCAGCACGGCGACCCCCUCCUUCUGUUCUCAUGGAAAUCAGAGCCUGCUUCUACUUCCCGGACACACUUCUCUCUGCACACAUGCGAAGUUGAUGCGCAUUCCCAGCCGGGACAGCAGCAGCAGCAGCAGAUGAUGAUGAUGAUGGUGGUGGAGGAGGAGGUGAGGUCCUGGAGGAGCUGAUCGUCUCUCCCCGUCAGAUCCCCGGGUCUUCCUCGCUGCUGCUGCUCCUGGUCUCGGACUUCUUUUCCAACAUGCUGGAUCGUCUGGCGCCGCGCGCUCUUCUCCUCGCGCUCCUCUGCUGCUCCGGCGUCCGCGCGUCCUCGUCCUCAUCUUCGUCGUCUUCGUGUCCCGCGCGCUGCGAGUGUUCCGAGGCGGCGCACACCGUGAAGUGCGUCUCCAAAGACCUGCGGACAAUCCCGACCGGGAUCCCCGGGUACACCCGGAAUCUGUUCGUCACUGGGAACCAGAUCCGCCGCAUCGGUCCGGAGAGUUUCAGAGAACUGGAGAAUGUGACCAACUUGUCUCUGAGCAAUAACAGGAUCUCAGAGGUGGAAUCUCACACGUUUGCCGGACUCCGCAGCCUCCGCUCUCUGGACCUGAGCAACAACCAGCUGGCCAUCAUUCACCCCGAGGCCUUCACCGUCCAGAAUGAGUCCCUGCAGGAGCUCAACCUCAGCAGAGCCCUUUACAACCACUCGUUGGUGAUGGACCUGGCCAUGUCCUUCCGCUGGAGCUCCCUGGCGUCGCUGAAGGUUCUGGACCUCUCUCACAACAACCUCAUCUUCCUGCCCUCGCGCAUCUUCUCCCACCUGAGCAGCCUGCGGAGGCUCCAGCUCUCCAACAGCUCCCUGGUCGCCAUCCACAACGCCACCUUCUCGGGUCUGGAUCGCCUGGAGGAACUGGACCUCACGCUCAACGCCCUCAGGACGGUGCCGGAGGAGGGCCUGCUGGAGCUGGACUCCCUGCCCACAGCGACGCUCCUGCUGGGGGAAAACCCUUUCACGUGCACGUGUGGGAUUGAACCUUUUGCCGCGUGGCUCAACAGGUCGCAGGGACGUAUCAGAAACGCAGACGGCCUCGUGUGCUCCUUCCCACUGAGCAUGAGGAACACGUCCAUGCUCGCCGUGGGUGCACUGACUCUGGGCUGCCACCCGAGGGACGCAGGGGCGGACCUGGCCCUGCAGACGUCAUACGUCUUCCUGGGCAUCGUCCUGGGCUUCAUCGGCCUCAUCUUCCUCUUUGUACUUUAUCUCAACCGGAAGGGCAUCAAGAAACGCGUGAAUGACCUGCGGGACGCGUGCAGGGAGGUGUGGGAUGGCUACCGCUACCGCAUCGAGAUCGACUCGGACCCGCGGGUGUCGCAGGUCUCAGCGGGCGCUGACGCGUGAGAGGGCAGUCGUUUGUUUGCAUUUUCUAAGACUCUUUUUCUCCGAUGCAUUUAUCAACAUUUAAAUAUGUUACAAAUGUGUGUAAAUAUAUAAAUAUUGUUGUGUUAAUACUGUGGAGUUAGAGUUGUGUCAAUAUUUCCAAACACUUUUUAAGACUCAACAAAAAUAUGGAUUCAAUCGUUCAAAAAUAUUGUUAUGUGUUUGUGGGCGGGGCUUAGGACACUGCCUGCUGAUUGGCUACUGAGUUUUGGAGUCGUUGUCCAUCUGGAACUCGCAACAAAAUAAUCGGAACUAUCGAACAUUUGUCAGAUUAUAACCCUCGAUAUGUACAAUUAUUUUGUUGCAUGUCAACAGGGAACACCCAGUAGCCAAUCAGCAGGCAGCGUCCUAAGCCCCACCUACACAAGAAACACCAUGUUUUUUUUAAACAAUAAAACACAAUAUUUGUGAAUGAUUAAAUCCAUAUUUUUGUGUGGAAACAUGGACAUGAAUGUAACUCCAUAGAAAGGGCCUUGUUGAAUGAAAGCAUGCACUGAAAAUGAGAAUGUAAAAGCAUCAGUGUUUCCCUCUGCAUGCUCCUGCUCGUGUUCACACAGAAACAGCAAGUGCCUCAAAAAGUCUCCGGGGCUUUUAUUUACUGAUCAAUUUAUGGAUCUGACCUGGACUCACACACACACACACACACACGUUUUGGAUCCUGACUCUACAAAAACAAACCUCUGGGAGUUUAAAGAAGUCGUUGAUCUUUGAACCUUUGGUCGUCCUCGUCCUGCAGCCGCAGGGAGUCAGAGGACUCUGCUUUUCUUUGGAUUGGGUGAGGAGGGUGAGGUGGAGGGGACAACUGAGCACAGAGCAGCGGAAAUCUCCCAUAGCCCCCCUCAUCUUUUUUUUUUCCAUCAUGAAACAUUGCUUUGUUUCAACUCCUUGAGUUUUAUUGUCAAAAUGAUGAGAACCAUGAGGCCAGGCUGCUCAGCCCUCUCUGCCCCCUCCUCCCCUCCUCCCCUCCCCUCCCUCCUGUAAGACAACAGCCGCUCUGCAGGCCCUUUGAAGCACACAAAUGUGGCUCUCCACGUUUUUCUGUUUAAAAGGAUCUUAUUUUUUUCUCACUGAUAAGAUACAGAUGAUUCUGAAACACCAGCGACAUUGUUUCAUUCAGCGUCGGUUAAACAGCCAAAGACGCAGGGAAGAUGUUUUUAAUCUGCUCUCUGUGUCUUUACAAAUGUGUGUUUGUGAGCUCAACGUGAAAAGAUCCUGGUUCAGGCGCAGAGAGAAGCGACGGCUCGCUGCCAUUUCCUCACUGAUUAUUGGGCAAAUUGUAGCUGUCUAGGAAUUUAAAAAACAAACAGAGGCCCUGCGGGAAAAAGUGAAGCAACUUGUCAUUGUUUAAAAAAGCCCAAAAAGGCCCCGUUGUUGUUGUCCUGCAUGUGCAAAGAAAGACAUAAUAAAGUGUUGUACGUUUGUGUAA